AUGGCUGACCAGGCAAAACUACCCGACCAGGCCCAGCCAGCUCCCCAAGUCCAGGAGCCCGACACCACCAAGUCCGAGCAACCCACCGCUACUGAGACUGCGCCUGCGCCAGAACCUGUCACUGAGCCUGCCCCUACGGCGGUAGCCAGCGCUACCGAAGCCGCAGCUCCUGCUGCCCCUGAGCCCGCUGCUGCGCCGGCUGAAACGACCACAGCUCCCGCCCCAGAGCCUACUAAGUCCGAAGCCCAGGCCGAGCCCGAGAAGAAAGAUGAGCCCUCGAAGCCCGAAUAUUUCAUGAAGACUCCUGCGCUGGAGCAGCUCUUUGACAAGCUCCCUACUAUCCUGUCCAAUGCCGGCCAUGAGGAGAUGUGGGGUGUGCCCCUGAAGCACGACGCGGCCGAUAUCCCCACUAUCAACGUCCUCAUUAAAUUCCUCCGAGCGAACGCCGGCGACCUCAAGGCUGCCGAGGACCAGCUCAGCAAGGCUCUGAUCUGGCGCAAGGAGAACGACCCUAUUGCUUUGGCUGAUGCGUCGAAGUGCAGCUAUGAUGCUGCCAAGUUCGGCGGUUUGGGAUACCUGACUACUUAUGAGCGCGAGGGAAAGGGCGAUCUGAUCGUUACUUGGAAUAUCUAUGGUGCUGUGAAGAAGUUUGAUGAGACUUUUGGCGAUGUUGCUGAGUUUAUCAAGUGGCGCGCGGCUCUCAUGGAGCUAGCUGUUCAGGAAUUGAAGCUGGACCAAGCUACCUCGGUCAUCGACUACGAUGGCGAGGAUCCCUACCAGAUGGUACAAGUCCACGACUACCUGAACGUGAGCUUUUUCCGCAUGAACCCGAAUGUCAAGGCGGCGACCAAGAAGACCAUUGAUGUCUUCAGCACCGCUUACCCGGAGCUUCUGCGCGAGAAGUUCUUCGUCAACGUCCCUGCCAUUAUGGGCUGGAUGUUCGCCCUCAUGAAGGUGUUCGUCAACCAGAACACUGCCCGCAAGUUCCAUCCUAUCUCCAACGGCGCCAACCUCGCCAAGGAGUUCCCUGCCGGCCUGGCGGAGAAGUUCCCCAAGGCUUAUGGCGGCUCUGCUGCUGACCUUGAAGGUUUUGCGCGGACUCCUGCUCUUAAGGAGGUGAAGAAGGAGGAGCCAAAGGAAGAACACAAGGAGGAGCCUAAGGAGGAACAGAAGGCAGAGUAA